AUGCCUCCGAUAUCCUCUCAGCGCCGAACCGUGACCGAGGAGAGUUCAUCUCUUACAGACGAUGAUGUCGGCUUUCUCUACCAGGUUGUCUCCAGCGCUGAGGUCAAGCCCGAAGCCGAUCGACUCCCAUUCCGGGCGCUUUUUGAUGCAUACGACGAAGUCAUUCGUGAACAUGGCUUUAAUGUGGACCCGGGCCAUGCGUGCAUGCGCUUCUUGUUCAAGAUGGGAAGCAAAGGCGUGCACGGUGAGACGCUCUUCGACAAGUUCGAGAGUGCGCUCCAGCAAAUGGGAAUCGUGAUUGAUUUUGGCGAUGACGGAUCGACAGACAUCAGGGAAGCACGGGAUCAUGGCCAACAUACCGCAGAAGUCACCUACAGCCAGACUGUUGACUAUGCCAAUGACAGCCACCAUGAACAUCCUCACAUCCCAAACGGAGUGCCCCCGACCCCCAAACGGCGCGCAUCCUUCAACACUACAUAUGACAUAGGCGAGGACGCUACACAGAGAAGCUUCAUGAAUCGUCCGAGCUCUCGCUCUUCCAUGUCCCGGCUCGAAGUUGGCAAACCCGACUUCUCAAAACCAAAAUUAUCACCCUCACAUGGGAAAAAUGCAGAGCCUAUCAAAUCACCAGAUCGUACACAAUUGAUCAGCCAGUUUUUGGAUGUUGGACGACGGCUUUUGAGCAGAUUCGACGGCGUGGAAAACAAGCCUGGAGUCUCAGAACCUCUCCCGUUAACUAAUGGGGUACUUGCAAGAUCAGCUGUUACUCGUGAUCGCUCAAAGAGAGCGGCCGAGGCUUCGCUAUCCAAUCGAUCCGCCUCCAUUGAAUCAUCAGACAGUUCACAGUCCCAAGAGAUGGAGUCGAUUAUGUCGCAAGGCCCAGAAAACGAUUCAUUUGAGAAAGAAGAAGUGCCUCCUGAAUUUCUCUACCGGCCCCAACUUUCAGAUUUGCUCCGUGAUGCAUCGACUUUCAACAUGUAUAGACAACGAUCGUUUUGCCGUCGAAUUUUGACAUUUUGGCUGAAAAGGGCAUUCCAAGCGCGACAAGUUCGCGAAAAUAGGGAAUCAUUGGCCACCAAUUAUGACCGAAGCCUUCUUCUUAGACAAGCUUUUGAUCCUUGGCUUGGGGUAAUUCAAGAAAAGCACCACACAGCCCGCACCAAUCGUUUCUUCAAGCAUCUUGAGACGCGCGCUAAUCGGGCACGCGAGUUAUAUUUGAUGACCAAAGCUUUCAGUCACUGGGCUCAACUCACGUCUGAGGAGGUAGCUCGAACAUCUGCUGCCCGAAAGCAUGUUCUUAGUGUUAAAUAUUUCAAGGCCUGGCGCGAGAUCACCGCUGUCAAUGAACUGAAGGCCCAACGUUUUGCAUUGAAGAGGCCCUUCCAUGCGUGGCGGAAGAAGCUUCACGAUUUGAGGGCCGCGGAGAGUCAGGCAGUCACCAUGCGCAACACCAAAAUUCAACGGUCAUCGUUUUGGCACUGGUGGUGGUGUUUCUGUGAUCGACGCGUCCUCGAAGUGUCCGACUAUCGACUGAAAAAUCGUUCACUUCUGUCUUGGCUUCGCAAUUUUCGAACCAUCCGAGAGCGCGAUCAUGAAAUUGAUCUUCAUAACAAGCGAUCAUCUCUAAUGUCCGUGCUCCAAACAUGGUCCCAGCACUCCAGAACCAUUGUCAUGGCAGAGCAAGAGGUCCAGAAUUCCCGCCGUCAGCAUGACCUGAGGGAAACCUUCGACGAAUGGAGAAUACAGUCUCGGCUGGCACCGGCUGCUUCUCAGGUAUCCAUCAUGGUCGACACCAGAGUUCUACGAACUGCUCUUUCAAGAUGGGUUGGCAAAGCUCGAAUGAUUCAGCAGGCGGAAGAUGCAGAUCGCAGUCGCAUCCAGCGCAACUCAUGGAUUUCUUGGAACGAUACACUUCGCUGUCUAGCACUCCGCGCUCGUAUUGACGAGCGCCUCAAGAUGGAGGCUAUGUACAAAUGGAUCCUAAUGGAACGAUAUGAGCUGAUGCGAAGGAUACGAGAGCAGCGCAUCAAACGAGAGGUGUUCUCUCGGUUCGUUACAAAUACCCGGGAUACGUACACUCGUUUGCUGUUCCAUGCAGAAGCUUAUGAGGAGCGUCAGGCUGAGGUUAUUGUUCAAUCCAAAUUUGCGAUUUGGCGUGACCAAGUACAGCUCCAACGCGAGAGAGAAUACAUUGCAUCGGAGUUCUAUGCUCCACGACUGGCAGCUGAGUCUUUGGCAAUUUGGCGAGCAAGGCAUCAACAAGUGAUUAAAAUGGAGGGUUGGGCCCAAGAUGCACGUUUCUAUUUCUUGAUGAAGAAGUCAAUGAAGCAAUGGCAAAAGGCGAAAUCAGAUUCUGGUAAGAGGCGGCGUCAAGAGGCAUAUGCAAAAGUGCGACGCAUGGUCAAAAUCAACCUUGCCUCCAGAGCAUUGUCUGCUUGGGCAUCAAAAACCCGGGUCAUUGUGGACAUGGAGCAACAAGCUGCUGAUAUCGACCGGGACAAACUAAUGGUCGAUACGUCGGAUAUCUUUGCUCAAUGGAAUGAGAAAACAAACAAGAGAAUACAGGAAGUACAGGAUGCCGAUGAUUCCUACUUCCGACAAGUCGCAUUCGACCAGCUGAUGCAACUGUCCGAAACCUUUAUCAUACGCCGUGAGAUGGAAGAUCAAGCAGACAAUGUACAUCGCUUGCAUGUUCUUCGAUUAGCAUCUGGCGCUCUUCGCAAGCUCAGCCUUCGCAUUUUCCAGGUUAGCAACCACGCCGAGACCGCUGAGGCUAUGCGCGAACGAAGCCUUAGGAAACACGCGAGGAACAUGUUCCGCGAUUGGGUGGACAGUGCGCGCCUGAAGCUCGAGGCUCGUGAUUCUGCUGGUCCAUCCAUGACUCCAGGGCCAAUGUCAACGUAUGGCAACGGCGACCAUGCCGGUUCAGCGAUAUUCGACCCAUGGUCACAAGAUCCCGCGGAAACUCCGUUCAAACUCAGCGACUUCACGGCAACUUCUCAAGCCACUUCUCAAGCCACCUCGAAUGACCCGAUCUCCGCAAGCCCCCUGGCAACCCCCAACUUUUCAGCCUCCCCAUCUAAGCGAGCAGCCCGAGCGCGCGCCCUUGCUCAAAUCUCCACCACCCCCGCCACACCUAUGCGCACACCAUUCGCAAGCCGCCUCCUCCGCGCCGGGACUACCACUGCUCUCACUACAUCCUCCAAACAACCACGGACCGGUCGGCGAAGCUCAGUCGGUACUAGCGUUCGUUUCGUAGACGACGAACCACCUGACUCACCGACAGAUGGCCGCAAGUCGGCGAACCGGCGGCCUUGA